AGAGAGAUAGGCGAGUGAGUGAGGCAGGUAAAGAUGUGCGUUUGUUUAUGAAUGAGGGAAAAGCAGAGGGGUGGCGAAGAUAGGAGGAAAAAGGACGGUACGGAGAGUGUGAGAGGAGAGAAGGACAGACAGAAAGGACAGGAUGUCGGAGCGGGUCGCCUCGUGCGGGAGUCUGUGUGACAGCAGCACCAACCUGCUGCUGCAGUACUGCAACAACGAUGACACUGUGUCUGCAAGCAGUAACAUGGACAUUGAAGACCGCGUCUCCCACCUAGAGCAGAGACUUCAGCUGCAAGAGGACGAGAUCCAGCUGCUGAAGUCUGCUCUGGCUGACGCCCUACGCCGACUGGGGUACUGUGAGGAGCAGAGCCUGGGGACCCAACCCAGAGGCACCCAUGCUGCUGGCAGAAGAUACGUUGGGACUACAGCCGCAGCUCCACCCAUCAAGGGUAAGAAAGUGCGCCAGCUCCUCCAGGCACUUCCCUCCAAACCUCUGAGUAAUGGUUAUGUUCAACAGAAACGCCUCCUUUCCUCUCCAUCCUCCCCAAAGAAAGAUGUGCUGCAGUCCAUUAAGAGGAAAAGUAUGUCAACAGAACGCCUCACACUGUUGAGAAGAGAAGCUGGAGGUGAGAGUCGGAGUCGAACUGUCUCCUCCUGCAGCUCCUCUGGAGGCAAACGUAAAUCGAAAGAAUGUACCUUCAAUUCAGAGGAUGGGUAUGUGAGGAUGUUCCUCCGUGGUCGCCCAAUCACCAUGCACAUCCCUGAUGCACAGAGGGAGAGCUACAGUCUUGACCACAAGGUGCCGAUGCCUGACCACAAACUCAAACUGCAGUGGGUGUAUGGCUACCGUGGUCGUGACUGCCGUUCCAACCUCUACCUGCUGCCGACUGGAGAGAUUGUCUAUUUCAACGCUUCUGUGGUGGUGCUAUACAACACAGAGGAGCAGCAGCAGAGACAUUACCUUGGCCAUGACGACGAUGUGAAAUGUCUGAGUGUCCAUCCUGACAUGGUUACCAUAGCAACGGGACAAGUGGCGGGAAACUCCAAAGAUGGGAAGCUGCUGGCUCCUCAUGUCCGUGUCUGGGACUCUGUGAGCCUCAACACAUUACAUGUGAUCGGGAUGGGAGUGUUUGACAGAGCAGUUACCUGUGUGGCCUUCUCCAAGUCGAAUGGCGGCACUUUCCUCUGUGCUGUGGAUGAUGCCAAUGAUCACAUUCUGUCAGUCUGGAACUGGCAGAAGGAGAAGCAACUUGCUGAUGUCAAGUGUUCCAAUGACUCUGUGCUGGGUGCAUUGUUUCAUCCCAUGGAUGCCAACCUGAUUGUCACCUGUGGAAAAUCUCACAUCAACUUCUGGACCAUGGAGGGGAGUACGCUGUCAAAGAGACAGGGUUUGUUUGAGAAACACGAGAAACCAAAGUAUAUUUUAUGUGUGGCGUUUGCUGAGAAUGGAGAUGCCAUCACAGGAGACUCAAGUGGGAACAUCUAUGUGUGGGCCAAAGGUGGUAACCGCAUCAGCCAGGUGGUUUCAGGAGCUCAUGAAGGUGGUAUUUUUUCUGUAUGUGUCCUGAAGGAUGGAACCAUGGUGUCUGGGGGAGGAAAAGACCGCAAAGUGGUGCUGUGGGACCGUGACUAUCAAAAACAAACUGAGAUGGAGGUAGAAGAGUCUUUUGGUCCAGUUCGAGCUCUGACUGAAGGCAAACAAGGACAGCUCUUUGUAGGAACCACGAAGAAUGCAAUCAUCCAAGCCAUAUUCCCUGAUACACUAACUCCAAUUGUACAGGGUCACACUGAUGAACUGUGGGGUCUGGAUGUUCAUCCCUCCAUGGAGCAAUUUGUCAGCUGUUCCCAAGACAGACAGGUUCACCUUUGGGAUGCCAACUCACAUCAGCCUCUCUGGAGCAAGGCCAUUGAAGACCCUGGAAUUUCUGUAGGUUUCCAUCCCAGCGGGGCUGUUCUGGCAGUGGGGACCAUGUCUGGAAGGUGGUUGGUGCUGGACACUGACACCAGAGACCUUGUUUCUAUGCACACAGAUGGUAAUGAGAUCAUUUCCAACGUGAAGUACUCUCCAGAUGGUAACUUCCUUGCUGUUGCAUCUCAUGACAACUUUGUUUACAUCUAUGCUGUGACCGAAAAUGGCCGCAAGUACACUCGUGUCGGAAAAUGCAUCGGUCACUCUAGCUUUGUCACCCAUGUGGACUGGUCAGCAGAUAGCCAGUACCUCAUCACCAACUCAGGAGACUAUGAAAUCCUAUUCUGGGAGGCAUCAAAUGGUAAACAUGUGACCAGUGUGGAUGUUGUGCGUAACCUUGAGUGGUCAACAUCGACCUGCACCCUGAGCUUCAGCACCUUUGGAAUAUGGCCUGAGGGCGCAGACGGCACAGACAUCAACGCCGUUUGCAGGUCACAUGAUGGCUCGUUGCUGGCUUCUGCUGAUGACUUUGGCAAAGUGCACUUGUUCUCCUUCCCGUGCUGUCAACCAAGGGCUCCGAGCUAUGAGUACUGCGGUCACAGCAGUCACGUGACCAGUGUUGCCUUUCUUCAUGACAACAGUCGCCUGAUCUCUACUGGUGGGAAAGACACCAGCAUCCUGCAGUGGGUGGUCGCCUAGGCAACGCAAUUCAACAGUUUUUGCUUUUUGCCAUGAAGAGGAUACAACAGCUUCGUGCUUGACCUGGCACCUUUUCACUGUUUUCCCUCCUACCCACUAGGGGGCAGCACCUUCUCUGUGCCUACUGGGGAAAAAAAUAAAAUCCAUGCAACUCGAUCAACAAAAAGUCACACUGGACGAGAGUGUAAAUUGUUUCUGCUGUCUGUAAUCGAAUGUGAAGCACAUGUUGAAUGUCAGAAAUCAUUUUGAGCUGCUGCAGUGAAACUGAGCACAGCAUUUAAAAUGUAAUAAUAAAAACUCCCAUUAAUGGGAAUUCCACCUAUUUUUACCUCAACACGAGUGUUCUACAUGCUGAACAUUUUCUAGUGCUCGCAACGUUUCCAGCCAGGGACCGUUUCUGUUCAGUAUAUGAAAUCAUUUGAACCUCUUCACAGCUGAUGUGUCGUCAUCAUCACAGUGAAGACUGAAGUGAACGGUUCAGUACUGAUUCUUUCUCAGACAUUCAAUAUCCAUCUGUAGUUGACCUGCAAUUCCUCCAGCAAUAAGUCAGGAUUACAAACCUGCUCCUUUAUUUAGCUUGUGAAAGUCUCCACACAAACACAUCAACUACUUUCACAGUUUGCAUUGAAACACUGUUCUUACACACAGAGACUUACAUGAGACAGUAACAAAUGGUCACAACUGUAACAACAAAAGUACGAUAUAACUUGUUUACAGUUUGCUCAUUCAAAUAAAUCAGCUGAUCUGGUUUCAAUGUUAGAUGAGACUUUGUGCUUCACAUGCUGACUGCAACACGGAAGGUUUGACAGCUUAUCGUACUAAAUAUUUAGAUAUUUUUGUUCAAAAGUUUUUCUUAUUUUUUUCUUCUACACUUGAAUAACAAACAAAAUUAAUCUAAACAGCUGAGAGCUUGUGUGUGUUCACAAUGUUUUAGUUUGGUUUUUGAGUUCAGAUUAAAUUCCUUGUGUUUAUGUAUUUAUCUGCAUCUUUGUCGUGAAUUUUAAUUUAAUUUUAGAAUUAAAUGCUGGCUGGACACAUCCAGGGAAGGCUUACUGAAAAAAUGUAACAUUAGAAAGGUAUUUACUUUUUUUAUUUUUUUUUAAUAUAUCCCAUUUUGUUCUUGCUAUUGUAUCACUGUUAAAACACACAUUACACCGCAGCAUAAUACAUUUUACUUCAGAAAAACAGCAGUACAUUUUGUCAUCUCUUGCUGCCAUAAUCACAAAAAUGGAAUGACUGCACUAUGGUGAAAUGACCUUCUAGUUUAUUCCACUUUUCUUUUUAUUUCAGCUGUUGUGCAGAAAUAAAUGAAAAAGCUGAUAAUAGUUUAAAAAAAGAAACCCUGUCUGAGUUUCACAAAUGACAGCUUUGAAUUGUAAUAAAUUAAAACAUGUUUACUUCUAUAAUCCCAAUGCAGUGCUUUUACUUGAACUUCUCAUGUGAUAUUGGACACCAGAAUGGUUGUGGUUCUGAACCUCUGGGUGACUGACUGCAUAUACAUUGUUAAAAUGGAUGGUGUUCCCCUUUAAUGACUUUAUCAAAGAUUGUAUUAAAGAUUGUGAACUGUGCAAAGUUUGCCCCGUCAUUUGAACUCCUCACCAGACUGCUGUAUUUCUGAUUGUACUCAUACUGUAACUGUAUGUGGCCACUGAACACUAGAUGGCGGUAUAAUGCCAAUGAAUGCAUGAACAUGAAGCUGUUCCUCCCAUAAAUGCUCGUAUUACAAAGAUCUGCAGAUUAAAUCUAUAAUCAGUAUAUCUGAGUGGCUGUUUAAAUAUUUGAAGGCAGAUGAUGGAUGUUAUUCUUGUGGAAGUUUUAGCGAUUGACUGGAGGCGUCUCUCGAUUGCUGUUCUGUAGAAGUAAGUUUGAGCUGUGCUUUGCCUUCUGCUUUAUUAAACUUUUUCCCAAAUAUGA